GUUUUGAAGAUGGCAGACGCCGCAAACACACCGACACCUGAGAGCUGUACAGCGAGUCAUACUGAUGAAGAAUAUGACAAAAAAUGUAUUUUCUGUAAAAUAUUAAAGGGGGAGAUGGGAACUGAGCUUCUACACAGCGAUGAGACCGUGUCCUGUUUCCGAGAUAUACACCCUGGAGCUCCUCAUCACUAUCUGGUUGUGCCAAGUAAACAUGUUGGCAAUUGUAAAUCUCUCAACAAAGAGCACGUACCGUUAGUGGAGAAGAUGCUGGAAACAGGGAAAAACAUACUUGAGAAGAACAAUGUGACUGAUUUAAGUGAUGUUAGGUUUGGCUUCCAUUGGCCUCCAUUCUGCUCCGUCACACAUCUACAUCUUCAUGUUCUGGCGCCCGUCAGUCAGAUGGGCUUCAUGUCACGUUUGAUCUACAGGUUAAACUCGUAUUGGUUUGUUACGGCAGACCAGUUACUCCAAAGACUGAACUCUAUGAGCUAAAUGUAACUCAAACUCACUAUGCACUAAUGUAGUGUAUAGAAAUUCCAAAUACACUAAAGAUUGAGAUGCCCAGAGCCAUGUUACUAAUAACAACCGUCCAAUCUGUUUGUGAUGACAAAAGGUCACAGUUGAGUGCCUCUGGGUUAUAAUACUCAUUAAUGCUGCGUUCAUUGUUAGUUAUAUCAUCGGCCAGACGGGCUAAUCAAAUUUGCAGCUACUUUUGAAUUGCUUAUGAACAAAAAAGGCAUGCUGAAUAGUAAUGACACUGAUAAUUUUGACAGAAUCAUUAAUCUUUUAUGGUGAACAGUUGGGCUUCAGUUUUACUAAGAUGAUAUUUAAGGAUGCGUAGCAGCGAGAAAGACUUUUUAAAUAUGAAUGAGGUAAAAAUGGUAAUUAAUCUCAAUAAUUGGCUUUGGCCUUUCACCUCACAUCAAUAGGCCAAAUUCAUUGUUCAGUGAUUCAGUGUUUUUGUUACUCUAAUAUACAAUCCACUUUGUUUGCCUUUAUUUAAAGACUAAUGAAAUGUUAAGCUCUGUUUAGAUCUCAAUGUACUGUAUUGGCUUAAAGGGUUAGUUCACUCAAAGAUUUUAACUGUCAUCAUUUACUCACCCUUUACUUGUCACACACCUGUUUAGGUUUGUUUUUUUUCUGCUGAACACAAAAGAAGAUGUUUUAAAGAAUGCUGAAAACCUGUAGCCAUUGACUUCUAUAGUAAUGUUUUUCCUGCUGUCAAAAGCUAUAUUUCCAUCCACCUAUUUUUACGUGCAUUUUGGAUGGAAAUGCCAAGAUGCGCAUAAAUUUUGAAAAUGUGCAUUAAAAACAUGAGCAUAAUUGAGUAGGAUAAAUGUUUUAUGGAAACACUUUUACCGAACAAAUUCCAGUAUGCGCACUUAAAAAGGUCAUGUGAUUUUGUUAUAAGACAUCAUGUGAUGAUAAAAAUGUGUGUGAAUGGACAAACCAGCAGGCUGAGCACAUUGUAAAACAUCUGACAUUUUGUUUUGGUCAUUCUAAAAUGCCUAAACUAUUUCGGUAUUAGUGUUAUUAAGCUAU